AUGGCUGAUUAUACAUCGUCCGAACCUCUUCCUCAAAAAGAAAAGAGGUCUCGGUCUAAAUUCAAAAAAUCUAGAGGUGCAUGCCUCACUUGCAAAAUUCGUCAUAUAAAAUGUGACGAAGGUAAACCAAAAUGCGUAAAAUGCAGCAGUACCGGUCGAAUCUGCGAAUAUCACAAUCCUCAAGAUGAAGCUAUUGUGCCCUCGCAAAAUCACGCGCAGAGUCGCGUCACCGUUGUCCCAGGACUCGGUUCUGCUCGCAGUAGUAAAGAACAUCGAUAUUUUGAUCAAUUUCGUCAUAGAACCAUGUAUGGAUUGAUGGGUGUUAAUCAGGAUUCCGAGGUUUGGCGUCGAAUGAUAUUACAACUCAGUGAAGCUUAUCCUGCGGUUCUUCAUGCCGUGAUUGCCAUUUCGACGUUGCAUGAACAUAUUUCCAGACCCUCUGCUGCCACCGAGCGAGUGUAUCUUUAG